GAAGAAGCCCUGAUCCAGCUGUUGGUACCUGUGGAGCUGGCCCAGCAGGUGCUGCGGGUCUUGGAUGAGAGGUGCCAGGGCAGCACUCAGCGUGACCUGCGCAGCUCCCACAUCUAUGCCAAAUACUUCCUCGGUAGUGGGGCCGAGCAGGAUGACAGGGCGAGCACUGUGGUGUCCUCAGGGGAUGCUGGCUGCAGGAGCCCUGGCCCUGAAGUCACGAUGGCCAGGGCAGCAAAGGAAGACCUCUCUGCAGCCCCAGUGCCUCCCCAAGCCCCUGCUGUGGCAGUGAAGUCGGAUUCCCAGCUGUUCAGUGAGCUCCUUGAGAGGGAAGGGCUGCUCUUCCCUGAGGUGGCCGAGGAGCAGAUCAAAGUGUUGGGCAGCUCCGAGCGGGUGAGCGAGAGGGGCUCAAUGGCCGAGAUUGCAGCUGUGGUGGAUGUGAUCCAGAGCAGCAGCUCAGAGACAGGGCUGCGCUUAGCUGGGCUCCAGCGCAUCGUGAAGAUCCUGGAGGAGGAGCCUGAGCCUGAGCAGCCAGUCGGCAAAGCCCAGGGUGGGCUGGGAACCAGGAGUAUUGGGGAGAAGCUGGUGGAGGUGGCAGUGGAGCUGCUGAGCACCGAGGUGGCAGAGAAGGCGCUGGUGGUGGUGACACUGCGGCUGCUGGCCGUGCUGAUGGUGAAGCACGACUGGCGUGUGCCAUUUGCCACUGAGGGCGGCGUGCGGGCUGUGCUGGCCUGCAUGCAGCAGCACGCCUCCUCCGCACUGGUGCAGCACGCCGGGCUGGCGGUGAGCGUGGCAGAGGGGAUGCUGUGGGUGGGCCCUGAAGGCGCUGGUGAGCCAGGAAGUGCCGGUGGGAAGGCCUUGCCCCUGAGCCACGCCGACGCGCAGAUGAUGUGGGAAAUCUUUGCCAGCAUCGGCUCUGCCUCCAGCGAGGGCUCGGCGAGCCUGCUGAGUGCCAUCCCUGCUGCCUUGAGCACCAUGCAGAGGGUCCCAGGGGGCUCCUCAGGCGUGCAGAAUGGCUUGCUGGUGGUGAACACGCUGAUCAACAGCCACCGGGGCCUGGCGGAGCAGCUGGCGAGCUGCGAUCUCCCCACGGUGCUGCAGAGCUGCUGGCGGGACAGGCAGAGCAGCGGGUGCCCUCACGCCAUGCUGGCCCUCAGCACCAUCAACCGCCUCGCGGAGCACCGGCUGCCCCUGGGCCCGGAGCCAGCAGGUAGUGCCCCGCACCCGUGCUUCAGGCUGCUGCUGCACAGCUUUGAGCUGCUGGGGGCAGAGAAGGCCGUGAGCCUGAACAUUCUCAGGAUCCUGAACAAGUUCCUGGAUGGUUACCAGGAGGAUGUGCUGCUGCCCUGGCACGAGUGCGUGGAGCCCUGCCUGUCCUCCCUGAGCGCCCACAGCAACAACCGGGAGGUGGUGCAGGAGGUGGUGGGCUUUCUGCACCGCCUGGCCAGCGCCAGCAAGGACUGCGCAGUGGCCAUGUGUCGCCUGGGCGCCCACGAGGCUCUGUCCAAAGCCCUGGACAAGCACGGUGCGGCUCCAUCGCUGGCACCAGCCCUGCUCGACCUGGUGACCGACUGUGAGAAGUCUGCCAGCCUCUACAAGAAGCUGACGACCAGCAUCUUGGCUGGCUGCAUCCAGCUGGUCCUGGGGCAGAUCGAGGAGCACCGCCGGAGCCACCAGCCCAUCAGCAUCCCCUUCUUUGACGUCUUCCUGCGCAACCUGUGCCGAGGAUCCAGCGUGGAGGUGAAGGAGGACAAGUGUUGGAAGAAGGUGCAGGUCUCCUCCAACCCCCACCGGGCCUGCAAGCUCACAGACAGGAACCCCAAGACCUACUGGGAGUCGAAUGGCAGCACUGGCUCCCACUUCAUCACUGUCCACAUGCAGUGUGGCGUGGUGGUCAGGGAGAUGAGCAUGCUGGUGGCCAGGGAAGACUCCAGCUACAUGCCGGCCCGUGUUGUGGUGCUGGGGGGAGACAGUCCUGCUGCCAUCAGAACUGAGCUCAAUGCGGUGACCGUCCUGCCCUCAGACAGCAGAGUGGUCCUGCUGCAGAACAUGACCCGCUUCUGGCCCAUCAUCCAGAUCCGGGUGAAGCGGUGCCAGCAGGGUGGCAUUGACACACGCGUGCGUGGCAUCGAGGUGCUGGGCCCCAGGCCCACUUUCUGGCCCAUCUUCAAGGAGCAGCUGUGCCGGCGGACGUUCCUCUCCUGCACCGCUCGGGCUCAGGCCUGGUGCCAGGAGAUCUGCCAGGACCGGAGGCGACUGCUGGAGCUCUUUGGCAGGCUGAACCGGGCGCUGCGGUACGAGCAGAGCUUCGCCGACCGCUUCCUUCCUGAUGAUGAGGCAGCCCGGGCCUUGGGCAGGACGUGCUGGGAGGCCCUGGUGACCCCCUUGGUGCAGAGCAUCACCAGUCCAGACCCCCAUGGUGUCAGCCCCCUGGCCUGGCUGCUGAGCGAGUACCUGCAGAGCGUGGAGCUGCCCCACAGCGCCGAGAGCCGCGGUGCCGUCUUUGGUUCCCGUGUGCGGCGCCUGACCCAGCUGCUGGUGCAUGUGGACCCCAGUGGCCCAGAGCCAGAGGAGGCAAAAGCGGCCGGCAGGAAGGAGGAGAAGAACAAGGAGGUGCCGGCCAGGGCUGCGAAGGCAGUGGAGAAGUCGAGCAGCCUGUGGGGCAUCUCGCAGUGCUGGAGUGGCGUGGUGCAGCAGCAGGUGCAGCGGUUCCUGGAGGCGGCAGGGCAGGCGCCGGACCUCGUGGAGCGAUACUGUGGGCUGUACCAGCGCCUGCGCGGUGCCACCGAGGAGCUCUUUGGGCAGCGAUCCGCCUUUGUGCUGGCCCUGGGCCAGGGCUUCGCAGGGGCUUUGCUGCAGCUCUCCUUCCUUGCCACCCUGCACGUGAGUGAGCAGUUUGCCCGCUACCUCGACAGGCAGAUCCAGGAGCUCCACGGGGCUGUGGGCAGCGCCGGGCUGCUGCAGCAGAUCCUGGAGCCCUUCGUCGUCUUCAGUGGCCUGGAGCUCGCCCACACAUUCGAGCAUUUCUACCGGCACUACCUGGGGGACCGGCUCCUGGCGCAAGGGCUGUCCUGGCUGGAAGGAGCCAUCGUGGAGCAGAUCGGGCUGUGCUUCCCCAGCCGCUUCCCCCAGGAGAUGCUGAGCAACUUGGCUGCGUCAGAGGAGCUCCAGCAGCAGUUUCACCUCUUCCAGCUGCAGGAGCAGGACAAGCGGCUGCUGGAGCUGGAGGGCACGGGCCUGGACGAGGUGAGUGCACUGGGGACGGCCUCGGUGGCGGAUGUGCCAGAGGUGAAGGUGCUGGCCCUGUCCCUGCGGUGCUGGCCCAUUUCCCCGUUCUGCUACAUGGAUGAACCUGGGAGGUUUUUCCCGAAGGCCCUGAGCUCCCCCCUGGAUGAGUUUGCCGACUUCUGCAGGCAGAGCCAGAGCCAGCUGGGCUGGGAGUGCACAAAGCCCCGGCGGUUGCAGUGGACGUGGCUGGGCCAUGCUGAACUGCGAUUCGGAGACUGCAUCCUCCACGUGUCCACACUGCAGAUGUACAUCCUGCUGUGCUUCAACAGUGCCGAG